UGGGGUUUGUGCGUACCUGACGCCAAAGCAGCUGGAACCUUCUCCUAAGUCACUGCUUUUCUCCCGGAAUGACCGAGCACUGUGCUCGGUUCACUGUUGUACGGCUGGUGCUUGUCGGAGUAGCUCCACUGCUCAGUCAGAAGCAGCUCAUGAAAGGGUUUCCGAUGAUUUCCUCACAGCUUCAGGGGCGUUGAGCUUAUGUUUCAUGUGCCCCAGUAGUCAUGUGUUUCUUAAGAAGACAGUUCUGCGUCCUUCCUUGUUGACAGCGGGCUGUGCUGUCUGUUCUCUGUGGCCCGCUGGGCCGAGGGAGGUUCUGGAAGGUUCAGAAAGGAGGUGACUGUGAAGGAACGACAUCCUGAAGGACACAGCUGUUCAUCAGGAGGACGUGAUGGAGGAUCAGGGGAACUGUACCGAGGUGAAGCCAUGGAGGUGGGACAGAAGGAAUAUCCCAAACACUUCCAACCCAACACCGUCUGAACGUUACUAAGUCCAGAUUAAACUGCAGAAAUGGAAUCUCGACUGUUCGCAAACACGGCGACCGUGAGUCACGGAUGACGUCACGCUUGCUUGGACUAAGUUGGUGGCAGGAAAUUACCGUGUGACAACCCUUUAAGUGCAGCUGGAAUCUGAGGUCCACCCUCGACGGUUGAGCCCCCAGGGAAGGGAACACCUCUGUAUUCAAAUGUUCUGAAGUCCACUGACUGAGGAGACCAUGGGGGGCAUCUGCCUGCGGUUAGCUUCGCGGCUCGCCGCACUCAGCAUAAUAAAGCAGUUAUUACACAGCAGCCUCGGAGAUACAGCGUACCUGAGUUGGGAGUAGCACCGGAAGUAACCGUCACACCUGACUCUUUUGUUAACGUCCUGCCACCUGGCAGCAGAGCAGGUCUGGGCAACUUUCUCAGGCUCUUUUGUGUCUCGGUUAGUGAGGAGCCUGCGUGGGGCUCCUGUUACACCCCCCCUGGUGGCUUCACGCUCUGAUGGAGAGCUGGUAGGCAGCUUCUUUUGUGCCUCUGACCUACUAAAUGUGUCGGGGGCUCUCUCUUUGCCGUGCGCCCUCCUCUCUUCAGUCUGGCUGUGGCUUGAGAACUUCCACCUGGGAGCGAGAACCUUCUGAACACCUGCAGUGUAAUCUGUUCCACUGGAGUCUUGUGUCACCCAGGAAGCUACUGACAAAGCCCUUGGAUCUGAGUGGCUGAAAAAAUCUGCAGUGUGUUUAUGAUGCCAAGGAGCGUGCACCGUGCAGCGCCUUCUCUGCAGUUCCUUCUUACCGUGCUGCAUUUUUUUGGCCUGAAUGAGGUUCAUCGCCUCAUUUUCGCAUUGGCACUCUGGAGCGCGACUGGCCGUCGUGCCUCACCUGUCGCUGUCUGGCUCUCCUUCCGUUGCUAGCUUCGGUCCAGUAAAGCCUGGGCUGCUCCCCUGCAGCAGUGACUCAUGCUUUGCUCUCUCACAAAAAGCGCUGGGCUGCUAAUGGAUGUGGGUGUUUUGCUUCGGGACGCCAACACUGUACGGCGCGUACCUCGGAGAGAGGCGGGCUUCACAAUGAGUCUUGUGUCUCCAUGCGCUGGACUGUUCUCCCUCCCUAAUUGAUGGUGGCGGCCAGCGGAGAAGUGCAGAAGCAGGGCUGUAAAUCCGCUGGAGCAUCAGCAGUGGCCUGAUUUUAAGAAGUGUGUGAGGGCAUCUUUGAGCUGUCUCUCUCCUCACCAUGGUUAAGAGCGGGGGACUGCUGUCUGUGUGGUUCCGCUCUUCUCUUCCUCAGAGCAAGGACGGCGCUGCCGAUGUCGGCAGAUACGUCCCGACAACCUUAGAAAGUUCAUGUGCUAGGAAACCUGGAGCUUACGGAUCAGCACGCCGAUCGAGACAGGACGCGGAAUCGCUGGAUAGCUGCAUCCAGAACACUCUCUCGGCCCUGUACCGCCCCUUCGGCGUCACCGCCGCCACUGUUCUGUGGCAGCUCUUCAGCGUGGUGGAGCGGCAGUACCGGGGCGACGGCCUGCGCUGCUUCAUCGACUUUCUGCUCCCUGCCCAACGGAUCCUCCAGGCAGUCCAGCAAGAAUCCUGCGUGAAAUUCCGAGGGCUGCUCUUCUACCACGAAGGCUGGCCCCUCUGCAUCCACGAGAAGGUGGUCCUGCAGCUCGCCCCCUUGCACAAAGUCCGGCUGAAGCAAGGGGACUUCUACUUCCAGAUUGUUCCUUUAGGCCGCAAGAGUGCCAAGCUGGUGAUAAAAUGCCUGUCGGCCAGCGGGCAGGCCCUCGCCGAGAUCCCCGUCCCCGAGAGCAUGUACGGCAGCGUCUUCACCGCUGACUUCUUGCAGAAUGCUGUAGCUGAGCGCCGCUUGCACCCGCUGCAGAACUGCCUGCUCACAACGGGAACGGCUGUGUACCGGACUCCGUGGAAGAACGUGGCCCAGCCUCUGUUUGUGGGGGACGCCGCCAUGCAGCCCCGCUGUAGCAGAGGGGCCUUCCGUGGCCAUCUCAGCACCAGUGGAUCUACUGGGACUUUGGAUAGUCACCGCAGCUCCAGAGAGUCGCUGCUCUCUCAGGGAGCAGACUCCACCUUCUCAGAGCCCACCUCGCCUCACCACGAUGUCGACACCACAGACGCCUCUGCUCCCAUCACGGAGCUGGGGCCAAGUGGGGAGGCCCACAGCGCCGCAGACACGGUGCCCGCCAUGCUUUCACUCGCUACCGACCCGAGUAACCCGGAUCCUCGCCGAAGGAUCCCCCGAGACUCUCAAGGCACCUUUGAGAGCAGAAGGCUUUUUAGGAAGUCCUACAUGGAGGCUCUUCAGAACCCAAUGAGUCUCGGGUCCAGCUCUGAGUCCAUGCUGGAGGAAAGUUCAGAUCACAGUCCUGCUUUAAGAAACGGAUCGCCGACUCCAGGCAGCAGUCCAGAAACCCGGGAACGCGUAUCGCGGAGUCGCGGCCGGCUCGGUGGAGACGACUCCAGGCCCAGCACGCCGCUGAUGUAUCUGCAGAGGCGCAGCGCGGAGCGAAGGGCCGAGCGGCGAUCCAAGUCCCUGGAGCGGACCCGCAAGGUGAAAGGCCAUCGGGAGAGGUCUUCUUCUGGAGGCUCAGUGAGCAUCUCUCCCAAGAAACUCGUGAAUGGCUACGCGCUGCGCUUUGGCAAGCUGGACGUGGAGGCGGCGUCGCCUGGUGUGGAGAAGAGGGGCGGCAAGGAACGGCCGGGGCACCAUGAGGACCACAGUGAGAGCCGGCGACACCGUGGAGAGAAGUCCAGCUCCUUGGCCGAGUGUCUCCCGAAAAUGACGUCGGAGGUCAACCAGGAGCUGCUGGCGUCGGGUGCUGUGAUCUUACCAGGGGGUCGGGAUCGCGGCGGCAGGGCGGUGCUGCAGGUGUGCAGCCACGCUCAGGUGUGUGCCGCUGAGAGCUGCACGCUCACCUCUUUACUGGGCUACUACUACUCAACCCUGCGGAAAGAGCGGCGAGACCGAGGCGUGACCGUUGUCAUCGACAGCAGGAAACAGCCGCCGGCUCCUGCUCUGUGGUCGUCUCUGUCUGAGCUUCAGACCUUGGUACCGAACGCACUUUACUCCGUCCUGAUCCUGGCGGACAAGGAGAGCGCUGCCAGGACAGAGCGAGACGCCAGCUUGCCGACGGAGACGCUGUCCUCGCUGAAGGCCUUGCUGAAGCACGUCGACCAGAGCCAGCUCACACCUGAGCUGGACGGUACCUUCCACUACGACCACAGCCACUGGAUCCACUUCAGACAGAAAAUUGAGCCGUUUGCCAGCAGCUGCAGCGCCGCCAUCUCAUCUCUCCAGGAGUCCAUCACCUCCUUAAGCAGCGGCGCCGAGCUGCGGACUGCCGCGGAGGUGUCGGACGUGAUGACGCGGCAGAAGAAGCUCAUGAGGUGCGUGCUGGAGGACGCUGGGCUCAACAGGUUGCGUCUGGAAGGUGGCACCAUCCUCGCCCGCAUCAGGAAGGAGGAGUCCUGCGACAAUGAGAACUACAGGGACGCAGUAGACCUGCUGUCUUCACUUUACAAUCAGGUGGACGAGGAGGUGCACAAGCUCGUCAUCCUCUCCAACAAGUGGCAGAAACGGCUGGAGAGCCUCCUGGAGGUGCGCAGGUUCGAGGAGCAAACGCAGCAGAUCAAGGUGUGGUUCAGUGUGGAGGGGGCGAAACACCUGGCACCUUUGGAGGUCCUGUCUUUGUCUGUGGGCAAAAUAGCAGCCAUGAAGGAGCGCUUGGAGCUCUUCUUGGAGGAGUCGGUGCGCCAGCAGCGACACGGCUUGCAGCUGGUCAAGGAGUCUCCGGAAAGCGUUCCACCUCAGGUCUUCCUGGAUUUCGAGCAACAUCUGGGCUCCAUCCUGAGUCGAGCGGAGAGACGCAAGAUUCAUCUAGACACUCUCGGCAAUCUGUACGAGUUCUACGACUCUGCGAACCACUGGAUGGAGCACUGCUUGGACUACAUCCGUCAUCUCAACCUGGACGCCGCCAGUUCUCGGCUCUCGUUGAGCGUGAUCCCAACGCUGCGGGAUUACUGCACUGAAGCCUCCAAGUUCUCCGUGGACAACUUCAGCCCCUUGAAUGACAUGGUGCUGUCGCUGGACAGUCCUCAGCUGCUGCAGCGGUGGAACGCGCUGUGGAGCGAGUGUCAGCAGACCAAGCAGCAGCUGGAAGAAACCUUGGCUCAGGCAUUGGCUGCCGAUUCCAGCAAACCAGUCGAGAGGCACGUUAUGACUCCAGAGCGCCAUCAACAGAGUGGACCUUUGCUUUUGCCAGAUGUGUCUUCCUGCGCUAAUGGGGUGGUCGUCGCCCCGACUUCAGAGGACGACAAGCCUCAGUCUGCCGGAGCCUUCCCCGAGAGCCCGUGCAGCUCCGUCUCUUCCCUCGCGCGCUUCGCCUCCGACAGCACUGCCAGACGGAGUCCGUCCGUGUUCGACGACACAGACAGCGACUGCACCCUGGACUCCAGCGUCUCCGAGCCCGUCUACUCGGGAGCGUCACGGAUUCGCAAGGAGCCCAUGAAGAAGAUCAUGAAGAAGACGAUGAGCUACGAGCUGAGCCCCAGAGAUGUCGGCUACACCGGCGUCUAUAUUAAGGGUUUGGAAGUCACCAACAACGUGUCUGCAGAGAAGAAGCUGCAGAGGCCGGAGGUGGGACGCGGCCGCAGCAUGUCCACUCCGUCCGUCAGCCAAGGGGAUCUCAAGAAGCACAGCAGUAAAGUGCAGCACAUCGUGGACGAGAUGAUCUCCACGGAGCGGGAGUACGUUCGCUCGCUCGGCUACAUCACGGAGCACUAUUUUCCGGAGAUGGAGCGGCUGGAUUUGCCCCAGGGCCUCCGGGGGAAGCGCGGCGUCAUCUUUGGGAACGUGGAGAAGCUGUGGGACUUCCACUGCCGGUACUUCCUGAAGGAGCUGGAGGCGUGCGCUCGCUCCCCGUGGUCCGUCAGCAGCUGCUUCCUCCGACAUGAGGAUCACUUUGGAAUGUACGCCCUGUACAGCAAGAACAAGCCCCAGUCUGACGCCCUGCUCUGCAGCCAUGGCAACGAAUUCUUCAAGAACAAGCAGCUGGAGCUGGGAGACAAGAUGGACCUGGCGUCGUACUUGCUGAAGCCCGUCCAGAGGAUGAGCAAGUACGCUCUGCUGCUGAAGGACCUGAUCAAGGAGUGCGGCCAGAGUCGGGAGCAGGAGCUGACGGACCUCCGCGCGGCCCAGGAGAUGGUCAAGUUCCAGCUGCGCCACGGCAACGACCUGCUGGCCAUGGACGCCGUGCGGGGCUGCGACGUGAACUUGAAGGAGCAGGGUCAACUCCGCUGCCAGGACGAGUUCAUCGUCUGGUGCGGACGCCGGAAAUACCUCCGCCACGUCUUCUUGUUUGAAGACCUCGUCCUCUUCAGCAAGACCAAACGAGUGGAAGGGGGGUACGACGUGUACAUCUACAAGCAGUCCUUUAAGACGGCGGAGAUCGGCAUGACCGAAAGUGUUGGAGACAGCGGCCUGCGCUUUGAGAUCUGGUUUCGCCGGAGGAAGUCGCAGGACACCUUCGUUCUUCAGGCCGGUUCUGCCGAAGUCAAGGCUGCGUGGACGUCCGUCGUCGGCAAGAUCCUGUGGAGACAGGCGCUCCGGAACAGAGAGCUGCGCAUGCAGGAGAUGGUCUCCAUGGGAAUCGGGAGCAAACCCUUCGUGGACAUCAAGCCGAGCGAGGCGGCCAUCAGCGACCGAGCUGUGGAUUGUUUCCUGAAGGGCUCGGGGUCCAGGAGCAGAGCGUCCGUCGCCGUCUCCUCCUACGAGUGCGCCUCCUCCAUCAAGAGGCCUCACUCCACCAUCUCCAACAGCAGCACCUCCUCCUCCGGCAGCCAGUCGUCCUCAUCGCUGCUCGGCCCCCUCAACCUCCACCUCGGCUCCGCCCAGGCUCACCUCCACCCCUCCUUCGCACAGUGGCCGUACAGCUGCAUCGAGGAGGACGAGCUGGAGCAGGACAGCGGCAGCCAGCCCUCCAUGAUGACGGAGAGCUCGGAGACGUCCUCCCAGUGCGACAGCGUGUCUGGCCUCAGCACGCUGACUCUCCCCGGACUGGCGCUGGACUCCUUCAAUGACGAGUCCUUCCUCUGCUCCUCCUCGGCGCCCGCCUCCAUCUUCCAGAAGGACCAGGACCAUCACCCAACCAAGUUGAUCACAGCACUGUAGCGUCCGGGACAGGAAGUGACGUCGCCAGAAGCAGGAGGUUGAGAAGAAGAAGCCAAAUUGUACCCCGCAUUUCACAAAUGUCCACUGUUCUCGUGGUACGCCAGUGUUGUUUAUAUUGAAGAGCAGUUUAUUUUCCACACGGAUGGAUAUUUGUACAGAUUAUUAAAUGCUUCCCGAGAGCUUGUUUGUGCACGUGUUUCUGGGUGAAGCCAAACAUGUGACUGGCUCCAGAACCCCGCGGCCCAGUCAUGUUGGACGACUUGUCUGUGACUGCUGCAGUGCACUAUGGGAGGGGAAGUGUUGGCCUCUGCACGGCAGCUCACCGACCGGAGGUGAAACUGGCGUCACGACAGCUGGAGGGGAAAAGCCUUCCGAAGAUUGUGGCCAGCAGCUUCAUGUGAAGCCCAAUAAAGCACAUUUGACACGAGUCGACCGCAACUGUUGGGAGCGAGUGGCUCUGAGGAGACGAGGACCGCGGCCCCCGCUGUGGUUUCGACUCAGCUGCCUGCUGUGAAGGCGAGAAAAAAAUGGACCUGCGUGUGACGCACAGACCACAGCAAGACGCUCAAAUGUGUGAAAGUGGACGCUUGCGAAAGAAGUGUGUGUCAAGGUUUGCCACAACAUUUAUUUGAAUGCGUUUUAUUUUUUGGCGGAGUCCAACAGUCAGCUUAAGGAAAUUCAAUCUGAGGGGAAAAAAAAAUGGGUUCAAGUGAGAGACAAAGCCUGGAAACAACGGCGUGUUAUGCAAAUGAAUCAUCCAUAAUUCACUGAUAAUUCUAGCAAAUAGCCAAGCAAUAGGAAAAGAGGUUCACUCUCUUCGCCCUCUUGAGGGGAGAAGUAGAUGAAAACCAUGAGUUGAUGUGGACGAGCGGUCGACGUCGAGGCCACGGACCUUGAUCAGGAACGGCCACCAGGUCGGGACGCUUUGGAUUUCUUCUCUUUGUAGAACCACCAACCCAGAAGCGCCGACAUGAGAGCGUCCAGAGUCAAGACGCCAAGUUCCAGAAUCUCCAUCUGCGGCGCGAAGGCGCUUCGGAGAAGAAGGCCCAGACCUUGUGAGUCGUUUACCUGCAAAAAUGGAGGAGGCAGCCGAGCCAAAACCAGGUCAGCGGUCAUCAGAGCGGCAGCCGCCAUGGACACGACCACACAGAUCAGGUUGAGGAGCACCGAGACCUGGGGACGGAGCUUGUCUGUCAAGGUCACGGCAGGACGCUCAAGGUCGCGGGAGAAAGGGACGGAGCGGACUCACGUGCAGGAGCCCUGGAUGUCGCAACAGCUGGUUGGACACGUAGCCCGCGAAGAUGAACUGAGGAGACGAGGAAACCCGACUUUAGCACGAGAGAAAAACCACUUUUGGCUCGGCUCAAGUCCUCAUCAUCAUCAUCAUCUCAUGAGUUCGAAACAAAUCUAUGAGAAAUCCUAGUUCUAGUAUUGGAUGAAACCCUGGCCACUGCAGAAUACCACGGGACAAUAAUAUCCAUGAUCAUGAAACAUGAAUACAACGUUCACUAUCCUGCUGAGUGAUAUUCUCUACGAAGAAAUGAACAAUUCAUUGAGCGCUUUUUGAACGUUGUUUCCUCUGAAUAGAAAAAGCGAUUCGACACGUCUUCAACUCUUUCUUUUUUCCCGUUUUUAUUUUAUUUUAUUUUAUUUUAUUAUUUAUUUAUUUAUUUAUUUUAUUUUAUUUAUUUAUUUAUUUAUUUAUUUAUUUAUUUAUUUUUAACUCAUCGAUUAUCAGGAUCUUUUGGGUUCGUUUCAAAAGGUGUGGUUGCAUUGUACAGACAAACACAAACGAUAUGUUUGUUUCAAAAUCCUUGACCAUAUCAAUGUGUCA